AGAGGCUGCCAAUGAGCUCAGGGGGCAGGGCCAGCCCUUAAAGGAGCCGCGACCCGUGAGCAUACCAGAGUGUGACCCGGAUGAUGGCGGCCGGCGCGGCCCUAGCCCUGGCCCUGUGGCUACUACUGCCUCCAGUGGAGGUGGCAGGGGCUGGACCCCCGCCGAUCCAGGACGGCGAGUUCACGUUCCUGUUGCCUGCGGGGAGGAAGCAGUGUUUUUACCAGUCCGCGCCGGCCAACGCAAGCCUAGAGACCGAGUACCAGGUGAUUGGAGGUGCUGGGCUGGACGUGGAUUUCACACUGGAGAGCCCUCAGGGUGUGCUGUUGGUCAGCGAUUCCCGCAAGGCUGAUGGGGUGCACACGGUGGAGCCCACAGAGGCCGGAGACUACAAGCUAUGUUUUGACAACUCCUUCAGCACAAUCUCUGAGAAGCUGGUGUUCUUUGAACUCAUCUUUGACAGCUUGCAAGAUGACGAGGAGGUUGAGGGCUGGGCAGAGGCCGUGGAGCCGGAGGAAAUGCUGGAUGUCAAAAUGGAGGACAUUAAGGAGUCCAUUGAGACCAUGAGGACCCGGCUGGAGCGCAGCAUCCAGAUGUUGACACUGCUGCGGGCCUUUGAGGCUCGCGACCGCAACCUGCAGGAGGGCAAUCUGGAACGGGUCAACUUUUGGUCGGCUAUCAACGUGGCCGUCCUGCUGCUGGUGGCCGUGCUGCAGGUCUGCACGGUCAAGCGCUUCUUCCAGGAUAAGCGCCCCAUGCCCACGUAGCCUCUGCCCCGGAAGGAAGAAGGGGAUAAAGGAGGGAAGGUGGGGCAUGUGCGUGUGGACUUGGGGGUCCCUCCCCAACUUUCCUGUGAGGGGAGGCCCAAGAUGAAGCCUGGUGCUUCUGGGCAGGCAGGGGACACCGCUGGCUUGCAGGCCUUGGUCCUCUGGGAGGGGCAGCUCAGCAGCUGCAUCUAGUUUCCUGGAAGUCGUGCUGGGGGGCACUGCAGUGUUGCAACGUGGGGGACCAUUGGAUUUUCUGGUCCUCCCACCCCACUGUAAAUGUGCCUUAGCCCAAGUCUUCCAGCCUGUGUCAGUGCUGCCCCGCAUGGGAUGAGGCCCGGGAAGCAAACCCUGCUCUUCCCUGCCUGGGCCCCCCGAGCCAGGUUGUGCUGGGAGGGGGCCUGCUGCUUCUUUCAGGGACUGGGAAGGAAACAUGGCUGCAGAGCUGUUGCCAGGAUAGUCGCUUUAUCCGACAGGAAGGGGCCCUGGCCCCUUGGCUCAGUGGGGCCCCAGCUGGCUGUGAGGUCUGGUAACAGAACUCCAGGAGCAGGGGCCUGCAAGACCCUCUGGCCCUCCCCUUCUCCCUGCAGGGGCCCCAGACAGGGCUGAGGGGUGGCCUGCCCAAAGCCUGAGCUGGAGACUCAGAGAACAAAGGGCUGUCUGGCCUGGGCACUGGAGUCAAUAAAUUAUGGAC